UUAAAGGGGAUAGGACUAUUGAUGACCUAUCCUCUUUAUUUCCAAAUUAAUAAUGUUAAAAAAGUUUCACAAAGAAAGCAGUAUUAAUAAUUUGAAGUGUGAUAACAAUUAUAACGAAGAAAAUGACGUCAAGCAAUCUCAAUAUUCCUUAUUAAACGUGAUAGGUCCUUUAAAUGUCAAACGGUGGAAUGCAUUAAAAAAUGCAUUGAAAUGUUCAAAUGACGAAGAUUUUGCAACAAAAUUAUUAGAUGCAGCUGAGGAAUACUAUAACAGGAAAUUCCCACAAAAAAAUUAUGAACCAAAUCCUGCUAAGAGAGAUAUUAAAAAGAGCAAGAAUAAAAACAGGUGUUAUCAAUCAAGUAAAAAUCAACAUGAAGGUAAAGAAACUGGCUGUAAGAAAGAGAAAAUUAAUAAUUGCAACACGAAAGAAAACAAUUCACCCGAAAUUGAAAGUAAUGUUAUACAUCAAAUUAAUUUUGAAGAAAGAACAACUUAUUGCACAUCGUCAGUUAUAGAAACUGAGGAUAACUUAAACAAAUGUAAAAUUGAUGAAUUUGAAGUAAAGAAUACAACCCGAAAUGAAACUCAAAGGGAUCCGAACAAAGAAAAAAAAUCAACGGAACAUGACAUUCAUAAAGCUCCAGAAAUUACUAAAAAUAAUGAUAAGUUGAUAGGAAAGGAAAAUGACAAAUCGUGUAACAAUUUAGACAUAGAUAAAUUUAACGUUUGCCAGAACUGUUCAACGUGUCACACAAAAGACCAGUGCCCGAUAUAUUACCCUCACUAUAUAGUUAAAGACAGCGUUGAUUACAAUGCCUGGUUAGAGAAAUACAAACCUGCUUACGAAAAUCAAAAGAAGAGCGAAAUUUUAAAUGACAAAGAAUCUGCUGGUUUAAAGGAAACGAACAAAUACAGCUUUGCAAUUAUGUCUGUCCCGAAUUUUCUCAGUUUUGGGGAAACGAGUACCAACCAUGGCAAGGGUGUAUUUGCGAAAAAUAACGUAGAACCGUUUUCCCGAUUCGGACCUCUCAUAGGAAAAAUUAUUAAAGAAGUCGACAUUCCGGAAGAUUUCAGCAUGAAAGAUCUGUGGGAGAUCAGUUCGGAAUCCGGUAAUAUUUAUUUCAACACCGAAAGCGUCGAGCUCUCUAACUGGUUGAAAUACAUCAGGCCCGCUCCGAAAAGGGAGGAGAGGAACGUAACUGUGAUAUCAAAAGAAAAGGACUUGUAUUUCGUUACUGUUAAAUUUGUUAAAAGUGGUGAGGAGCUUCUAUACUGGCAGGACAGUCCAAUUUCCGCGAAUAAAAAGAAAAUGGAAAAAACCACAUGUGGGGGAUGCAACAUGGUUUUCAACCACCCGCACUAUUAUAGAAUACAUUGCUCGGUGUUCCACGAUUUGAGAUACAGCUUAACUAUAAGAAAAUAUCAUUGCAAAAUUUGUGGGGCCGCGGUACUGGGGAAAGAAAACAUAAUGAAACAUGCCGCGGAACUCCAUAACGGACAAGGCGCAUACCAAUGCCAGUUUUGUAAGAAGUUCUUCCUGAGGCUAAACUAUCUAGAGAUGCAUCGGACAUACGGCUGUUCUGCCAAUCCCCACAGGUCUAGGCCGUUGUGCGACUUUUGUGGAAGGAAGUUUUGUCAGCCGCAAAAGUUAAAAGUACACAUUAAAAGAAUGCACAGCGAUUUCUCGGAGGUACUCAAAGAAUUCCAGUGCAAAAGCUGUUUGAAAAUAUUAGGAUCCCGAGCCGCCUUGCAGAGGCACUCGAAGGAAGUUCACCAGAAGCAAAUCGACGGCGCUUGCUCGUGUUCGAGGUGCGGUAAGAAAUUCCAGAACAAAUCGAAUUUGAAGAUUCACAUGUUAACUCACAGCGGCAUAAAACCGUUCAAGUGUAUAGCGGAUAAUUGUAAAGCCGCCUUCACCACAAAACAGUGCCUCCAGUUCCAUUACAAGAAAGUUCAUAAUUUUACGGAGGAUAGCAUGCCCAAAAUAAAAAGGAGCGUGGAAUACACUUUUCAGGCUUACAGUGGGGUUCCUCAAGAUGGAGAACAUAAAAUUGAUGAUGCCGAUAUGUCUAAGUUGAGAGAACCUCUAAAUGAGAACGGAACGGAUAGUGAUAAUGACAGCAUGGAAAGUCAAAGCAGCAAUAUAGACGAUCCAGCUCCGCUAGAAUCAUCCCCUCAAAUUGCCGAUGAACGCCCUCCCACACCUAAACCCAGCCCCUCGCUGGCCGACACCUACAGCAACUUCAACUCCAUCAACACGAACAUGAAAGUUCUGAGCAAGGGUUCGAAAAAGUGGAUUGCUGGUGACCACAUCGACAAACCUCCAGACAUGUACGCAAUGGAGAAAUUAAACAAAGAAGAAUUAACAGGCAUAUCAUUGCAAGAGACUGAAAUAUACAAUCGAAGUAAGCUCAACAACCUAAGUGAUUUCAGCAGGCACGAGGCGUCCAACGCAAGUUUGCUAGUCGAGGCAGCACUCGACUCUGUUUGUAGCGAACCGAAUAUAGAUAUCGACGUUAACACCACCCCGAAUUGCACAGACUCUUUAGUUAACAACUUGUACACUUUAACUCAACCGGAGAACUUACCCGACGUGUCGUACGGCGAUCCUUCGUGUAUAAGCGAAUCGAGGGAUAUCAAUUUGAUGUCGCCCUCGGUGAACGACCACGUCUCCGUAACCGACGAACUGAAUAACGAACUGCACCACACGGGCAGCAUACGAAUGGACUAUGCUAAUUUCCACCAAGAGGAUUUCAGUCCUCCAAACAGCCCGGAAGUGUCCAGAUCGAAUUUCGUCAGGAACUACAUCAACAACCUCUCCCCGCACAAUGCGUCCUACGAGCAGAAAAACGUGAGUCCAGUACCAAGCCCGCCGAGAUACGACUUUGGACAUGCCGUGAACGCCGAUCACUUAUCUUCUGACGAUAGUAACGGCAUGGCGGCUCAGAACCUGAGCUUGCACAACCCCAAGAACGACAUUCAAUUGGACUUAUCUCUGUACAAAACAUCGUACAAGCCGGAUAACCAGAACUACAUGCGGAGGUUGAAGUUUGAAGGCGAAAACAACCCGUUAGAUCAGGACCAGCUCAACGGGAUAAACCAGAAUCUAUCGGAGAUCCAACCGUCGGACUCGGACCAUAAAGAAAAUUCUAUGGAUCGACCUAAGUACCCAGACGAUUUAACUGCGACCGAUAUACGCAACAAAUUCGAGAUUGACUUGGAUCUCAGACUUAAAAACUAUGAGAACAUCGACAACGAAGUGUUACGACAGAGAAAUGCUUCGUACGACAACAGCGACUCGGAUUUCCGAAGCAAGGGAUAUGACUUAAUUGAGGCCAUCGAAAACCGCAACAAACAGUACGAGAACAUGGAAUCCGACUUCCGAACCGACCGAAAUUUCGAACCAUUGCUGCUAAAUUCUGAGCUCCAGGGCCUCGACAUGUCCGCUAGGGGCUUCCACAGCUACUCAAACAUAAACCGGUACCACCACUUGUACCCCGAAGUCGAUAGGGUCGAUCUGCGUUUGAGUUACAGCCCUCCGUUGCCCGCUUACACCCACGCCGACAUCCUGAGAGUCGUCUCGUUGGAUCUGACGCCUCCCGGACGCCACAGUGUGGACUUAAGCUUGCGGACUCACCCCCUGCAUCAAAUCGCAAACUCCCGUCUGCUGACAGAACACGGCUUGCAGGGCACCCCUCACAGACUUCUCGAUCAGGGCAGGUUGCUGACGGCAGACUUGAGUUCCUCAAGGCACUUAACCAACGAUGGGAGGAUGAUUUCCGAGACUAGCGGUAGGAUACUCUCGGAACACACCACGUCCAGGAUAUUAUCGGGUAAUGAGCAGUUAACAACGAACCAUUUGUUGAAUACAGAUCAGAGUAGGCUCAUGGCAGACGAGUCUCGGAUCAUUUCGGAUCAGUCUAGGAUUUUGGAUCAGGGUAGGCUCAUCGGGGAGGGUCGGAUAUUACAAACAGCGACUCCCAGUGGAGUCGUAUCUCCCGUUCAGGGGUUCAGUGGGUAUUCCGUUACUCAAAGUCCAUAUCAUCCGACACCUAUCGCACCAAGGCCGCACGUCUCGUCUCCGACACCGACGCCCUACCAUCAUUAUUCCUCGUAUUAUUAAGUAAUUGUUUGGUGUAAAUAUAUAAUUUUUAUUAAUAUCGGUUUGUUUAAAAUAUUUAUUUUGUAUAUAAUUAAUCGUACAUAUUUUAUCUUGCUUGAUUUUAUGUUGGAUUUGAUCACAUUGUCGAAAAACCAUAUAUAUUAUUUUAUGUUUUAUCGAGAAGGAAUUUUUAAUAAAGUCCUAAUUUUACUUGCGUUUUAAUUUUUUUGAAGUUUCGAUAGGUAUAAAGAAACCCAGUUCGUCUGGAAAUGAAUGCUCCAACCAAUCCCGGCGUGCUAGAGUGAGACAGCAUCU